AGCUACAGGGCUGAGAUUGGAGGAAAAACGGAGGGGGAGAAAAUUCCGUUGUUCGGCUCGGCUGAUCGGGAAUGACGCCUCCGUGGGGUAUGAACAGAUGCAGCACGGACAACCGCCGGUUUGAAGAGCAAGGAGUUUCUUUCUCAGCUUUUAAAUCUGUACCUAUUUCUGCCUUGAAGCAGAAUGGGCUCCUACAAUCUCUGUCCACAGCAGCCAAUGGAUGCAGAGAAAUUGAUAUUAGUGAAGAGGUGCUACGAGCCCGAGAAGAAUGGGAGGCUGUGGAAAACGUUCAUCCAGGAGGAAUUGUGGAGAAACCUCUUGGGCCUGUCCCCUUAAUCUCUUUCAAUGAAGCACUGCAGCAUUUUCAAACAGCAGAUCUCUCCGACUGCAGGAAAAAGAUUCAGCCAACAGUACAAAGAAGAGGGCUGGCAGCUAUUGCCCACUUCCUUUUUGGUCCUCCCCGUCUCCAUCAGCAGCUGCAGAGCGAGAGGGACUUAGCCUUGGCAAUUGCUCAGUGUGGCUUGGACAAUAAUGAAAAAGUGCACAUGAGAAUUCUGCAAACCAUCUACAAGAAAUUAACAGGAUCCCGAUUUGAUUGUGCCCGCUAUGGAUCUCAUUGGGAAGAGUUGGGGUUUCAAGGGAUGGAUCCUGGCACAGAUCUGCGUGGGACUGGAUUGCUAGGACUGAUGCAAACACUGUAUUUUGUGAUGGAUUCUCGGAUAUUACCUAUAGCGCGAGAGAUUUUCAAACUAUCCCAUCAUGAAACACAGAAUUUCCCUUUCUGUGUAAUGUCAGUCAAUAUCACUCGUAUUGUGAUCCAGGUACUGAGAGAAGAACGCCUUUCCAGAGAGUGUAAUCGACGGCAGCAGGUCAUUGCAGUACUGAAUGAUUUAUAUGUGGCUAUAUUUUUGCGUCUCUUCAACAUCUGGAAGACGCAACAGAAGACAAUUUCUGACUCUGGGUUUGUUCUAAAAGAACUGGAGGCAUUUUCCAAAAGGAACCCUAAGCAACUGCUUAGACAUCUGGACAUGUACAUGAAUGGGAAUUCUGUUUCAGCGCUGGAAGACGGCUCUCAGGCCCCUGCUGUCUCGUCCGAGGUUUUUGGUCCCAACCUAAGCUCUGUUAGUAACAAUAAAGAGUCCAGUUUUACUGGAGUGUGUGACCUGCCAGCUGAGCCAGAGCAAGAGAGCUGAGCUGAGCCCAGAAGGAGGGGAAAGUCCUUGCACAUGAUUGAUCAACGGUGCUGGUUGGUGUGGUCUCCUAAGGGCUUCGUUGGCUGCUGCAAGAAGGGCACGCAGGAGUCUGAAGGGCUGAAGUUCUUGAAAUGCUGCUCGAGUAGAACACAGGGCUUCAGUGUGGGUCAGAGCCGCUAAGUGUGGUAUAGUGAGAGCCCAAGGGGUGGAGUCUGGGGAUCAAGAGCAAACUCUUUCAUUCUAGAAUGCCAGUCCUACCAGGAUUCAUUCACCCCAGUUAGUAGCACUAAGCUGCCAAGCAAUCACAUUUUGCAGCAGGAGUGUAAAUUUGAAUUCAAAAUCCUCUCUUGUACCCUGAAAAUAAAAUGUUCUUCCAGUUCCCAGAAUUGAGGAGGACAUCAGUUUGUUAGAGCUAAACAAACAAUGUGCAUUGCAUUUUGGAACUUGAGCUUAAAGUGAAUCUUGAAUUGUUGUAAUCAGAUGCUAAUCGUGGGGCUUGGUUUUUUUUCCUCCCUAGCAAGGAUUUCAUCUGGGACUAUACAAGUUAUUGAAUCAUUUUAUUCCAUCCCUUUGAAAGCAUAAAUUUUCCAUUGUCAUUUGCCUGGUGACAUAUUUUUGUUUAAUGAGAUUGUCAAGAGGUACCUCUGUAUAUGUGCACCUGCCCGACUCACAUGCUAUUAAGGGUGGUAACAAGUAACCAGCAAUGACACAGUAGCUGCUUAAAAUCUUACCAUACCGUGGCUGGAACCACAAGACAAGGUCUGCAGCUCCCAACCACGCGGCAGACAUUGUGUUGUGACACACCCUGCUUCCUUUAUUGAGUAGCAGGUGGGAGUGUGUGUCAGUGCUGGGUCCUUGACUGUGUGGCUUAAGUCUUUGGAUGAAUUUGGUUUUAUGCAGUUAUAGCUGCCAUGUGAUGGGCCUUUGAGGAGCUGCCAUGUGCUUCCCAGAGACUUAUUUCUACCCUAAGGCAUUGAGACAUGCUGGAUGGCACACGAGCUGUAUAUGUAAAGUGAUUGCCCUGGCUGAUGAUGGGCUUUUCUAUUAAACCAAUUGCAGUCUUCAACCCCA